AACGGCGAUCGAGUCAGUCUGCAAUAAUCUGCAAUGGCUUAUUCUUCUUCAUUCCUUCUAACUGCUUUCAUUCUCUUCCCUUUAGCCUUUGCUACCAACUCGCCGCCCCUUCCCCCCUUCAAACGCAUCUACCAGUUCGGCAAUUCCAUCUCCGACACCGGAAACUUACUCCGCCUCCCCGGCGCCACGAUGCAUUACCCCGCCUACCGCCUACCUUACGGGGAAACCUUCUUCCAUAAGGCCACAGGACGGUUCUCCGACGGUCGCCUCAUCGUCGACUUCAUCGCCGCCGCUCUCAAGCUCCCGUUCCUCGACGCUUACCUGGACGCCGACGGUUCAUUCGCUCAGGGCGUCAAUUUCGCCGUCGCCGGAGCCACGGCGCUCGACGUAGGGUUUUUCGCGAAGAGGAACAUUAGCACCUCCAAUUCCAAACCGCCGAUCAGCAAGCAAUUGGAGUGGUUCGACAAUCAUCUCAAAUCUACCUUCCAAUCCCCCGCUUCGCGCUCGAAUUGCUUCGAGAAUUCGCUUUUCAUCUUCGGAGAAUUUGGCGGGAACGACUAUUUCCCCUUCUUCCGCCAAGGAUGGUCGAUUGAAGAGGUUAGAACUCUCGUCCCUCGCGUCGUCGCCGCAAUUAUUCACGGAAUCAAACGGAUCGUCGAGCUCGGAGCAAAGCGGAUCCUCGUUCCCGGCCCGUUCCCGUUCGGAUGCAUGCCGUCUCAACUCGCCUCCUCCAAUUCCUCCGAUCCGUCCGAUUACGACGGCCUUGGAUGCCUCAAAUCCUUCAACGCUUUCAGUUCCUACCACAACCGAUUUCUAAGCCGCGCUCUCUCGAUACUCAAUCGCGAAGUCUCCAGCGAGGGCGUUGUGAUCGUUUACGCCGACUAUGAAGGCGCUUUCCUGGAAAUUCUCCGGAAAUCGUCUCUAUACGGAUUCGAUAGGGAGUGGUUGCACAAAGCCUGCUGCGGAGCGAUCGGGGAGAAGUAUCGUUAUGACUACUCCGAACCUUGCGGAACCAACGGCACUGACGUAUGCCCUAGCCCUGCUCACGCCAUGCAUUGGGACGGCGUUCAUCUCACCGAUGCAUCUUAUCAUCGCAUUUCUCAGAUUAUCAUUCGUCAGUCGAUAACUAAGCUGAAGAUCUAAGUGUUAGUACGAUGGAUUUAGUGAUUAAUCUAAAAUAUUACACGUGUGAAUUUAAAUUAUAUUCUUAGUUUUUCGUCAGUUUAUUGUUUUAAUAUGUGAAUAAUAAAAUAAAUAUUAUUUUUGGGUGGUCAACAGGCUGCCCUUUAGGAGUCAAAUUUGUAACUUGUGAGGGUAAUCCCGAUCAAGAUGGCUACUCAGAUAAAAACUUGUAAUCAUGUAUCACGAGUUCAAAUCUCAUGCCAGCUCUAUUGGUUUGAGCCUGUCAAUGAUCUAUGACCAAACUAGGUUGGUUUAUCUCCUUGUGAU